AUGAAGAAUUGCAGUCCUGAGUGUCCCAGGCUGGUGACUGAGCGACCUGCAUGCCGAGGCCAGGAAAGCCCUCCCAGUGACCUGCGCCUCUCCUCUUUGCAGCUGGAGGAGGCAGAGCGCUUUGCCAUGGUGGUGAUCGACCUCGGGGAGGAAGCCGGGGAGUUCCUUGCCAAGGGCUACCUGGCACUGGGCCUCACAUACAGCUUGCAGGCCACUGACGCGACUCUGAAAUCCAAGCAAGAUGAGUUGCACCGGAAAGCGUUGCAGACCCUGGAGAGAGCCCAGCAGCUGGCGCCCGGUGACCCCCAAGUCAUCCUCUAUGUCUCCCUGCAGCUGGCCCUCGUCCGCCAGAUCUCCAGCGCCAUGGAGCAGCUGCAGGAGGCCCUGAAAGUGUGCCGGGAUGAUGCCAACGCUCUCCACCUGCUGGCGCUCCUCUUCUCGGCCCAGAAGCACUACCAGCAUGCCCUGGACGUGGUCAACAUGGCCAUCACGGAGUAUCCCGAGAACUUCAACCUGAUGUUCACCAAGGUGAAGCUGGAGCAGGUACUGACAGGCCCGGAGGAAGCCCUCGUGACCUGCAGACAAAUGCUGCGGCUGUGGCAGACGCUGUACAGCUUCUCCCAGAUGGGAGGCCUGGAAAAGGAUGGGAGCCUCGGCGAGGGCGUCACCCUGAAGAAGCAGAGCGGCAUGCACCUGACUCUGCCCGAUGCCCAUGACGCAGACUCCGGCUCUCGGCGGGCAUCAUCCAUCGCAGCCUCCCGGCUGGAGGAGGCCAUGUCAGAGCUGACUGUGCCCAGCUCCGUCCUAAAGCAGGGCCCCAUGCAGCUGUGGACCACGCUGGAACAGAUCUGGCUCCAGGCUGGUGAGUGUUCCCGGCCCCAGUGA